GACGGUGUCAGUUUCCACUGAACCAUCAGCGCAGCAUUUUUCAAAGAGAGGACUGAAGGAGCUAGCGUAGAGAAAACGCACAUCAGCCUGGCUGUUUUACUUGCGGGAGGUCCAAAUUCGAAGCGUCUUACAAAUCGACAACCGAACGCGGAACAUCCACCGAGAACCGGAUCCUUUCUCUUUUUUUUUAUUAUCGAAAUGCGCUCCGUUCCACCGUUCUCUUAUUGCAAUUGACAGCGUCUGCAGCCCUUUUCAAGAUGGCCGCUUGGCUCGUAUUCGUUUUCUACUGAUCGACUUCGAACUUUCAUUGUCUAACCACCUCCAGGCUCGACCGUUUCCCCCAGCGCAGUACGGAUCCGUUCUAUCCUAUGAAGAUGCAUCGUACAACAAGGAUCAAGAUAACAGAGCUCAAUCCCCAUUUGAUGUGUGUUUUAUGUGGUGGAUAUUUCAUAGACGCAACCACAAUUAUUGAAUGUUUGCACUCAUUUUGUAAAAUGUGCAUUGUCCGCUAUAUGGAAACCAGCAAGUACUGUCCAAUAUGUGAUGUCCAGGUCCACAAAACAAAGCCACUUCUCAAUAUAAGAUCUGACAAAACUCUACAGGACAUUGUAUACAAGCUGGUGCCUGGUCUUUUCAAAAAUGAGAUGAAGCGUAGGAGAGAUUUUUAUGCUGAACACCCUUCAGUUGAUGCUGCAAAUGGAUCCAAUGAAGAUCGAGGGGAAGUUGCUGAUGAGGAUAAAAGAAUCAUCACAGAUGACGAGAUCAUCAGUCUCUCAAUUGAGUUUCUUGAUCAAAGAGCACAACACCAAGGCUGCGCAGAUGAGAGGCAAAAAGAAGAGGUUAAUAAUAAAAGAUACUUGCAGUGUCCUGCUGCAAUGACUGUGAUGCAUUUGAGGAAAUUUCUGAGAAGCAAAAUGGAUAUACCUCCCACCUUUCAGAUUGAAGUUAUGUAUGAGGAUGAGCCCUUGAAAGAUUAUUACACAUUAAUGGACAUUGCCUACAUCUACACAUGGAGAAGAAAUGGACCAUUGCCUCUGAAAUACAGUGUUCGGCCCAGCUGUAAAAAGAUGAAGAUUAGUCACCCGCAAGAUGGCGUAAACAAUACAAACCGUUCUGAAAGCGACUCGGCCAGCGAUAAGGCCAGCAGUCCCGCUGGAGCUCCAUCCACAUCCUCACCACUACCCAGUCCGAGCACGCUGGUGCAACCUUCACCUGCUAAUUUCACCCAUAUGUCCAAUCCUAUUAACGGUUCCACUAUGACAAGCCCGAAUCGACAGUUCAAUUUUGGAAACAAAGUGCGAAAGACAGCGCUGAACGGAUCUUCCACAUCAUCGGGAUGAUAAGGGACGUGUUGAAGCCAACGCCAGAUAUAAUCCAGCUAUUUUCAUGCCAACGUAGUGUCAUUUAGGUUCUCUUCUUUUAUCAUUAUUAUCACUAUAUUAAACAUGUCAUUUUAACGUAUAGUGAACGUGACGCACUUCAUUCGAUGCAUUGCUGGAAUUUUCGAAGAUUGUGAAAACCAUAUAGCCUAUUGGGUUGCAAAAUUGAGCGGUUGUGGCACUUUCACAACAGCGACAAAACGGUUUUGAAGAAACAAAUGACUAAUACCUUUUAUAUAUUUUUUACUUUAGGCCGACAUUUCCGAAAGAAAUGGAAAAGUUAUGUGUUGCUUGUAUUUUACGUGUAUUCUAAUGUUCCUUGAAGCAUAAAAAAUACUUUGAUUUUAGUUUGCCUUUCUAGGGUAGUUGCUAAACAUUCCUGGUAUAUUCAGCUGGCUUUUAGAAUGUAUCAAAGAAAAAAAUGUGUAUAUAUUCAAAUUCAAAGGACAAAAACUGUAUUCGGUCUGUGUUCUACUGGAGAAAGAAAGGUUAUUUUAACUUGUUUUCUGCGCAAUCAUUUUUAUUAUUUGAGGUUUCCGAGUUUUAAUUUAGUCCUUGAUGUUAAAUAACUUUUCUCUAAUGUUUGGGUCCGUCAUUUUUACUGAAGAAGUACUUGGUCAUGUUCCAUGCUCGUAUAGCGUGCACAUACAGCUUUAAGAUUUUCAGACUAUUGCAUAUACACAUUUGUCCAAAGAAGACAAGAAUCGCCCACUGUUCAUUCUGGAAAACAUUUUGAUGUCGUCAGUGUUCCUUUGUCUCAUUGGUCGAUUGUAGACUAUUGACAGCUAUUGUGUUGUGACUGUUGCACAGUAUAAACAUCUAAAUAAAACAUUUUACACUUUC